AUGCUUCAAAGAACAAUAUACAACAUAUCACUCAUCGCCAUCGCACUCAGCUUAUCAUCGACCACUUUUGCAAUAAGCUUUAAAAAAGACAUAGUGGUUCAACCUGACAAGAUCAACACGAAAUGGAGAGCAGAUAGCUCUGUAUCAUCAGAUGUCAAUAGCUGGCAGAUCUUCAAGUUAUCUUCAUUUUCUAAUGAUCAGGUUUCCAAUUCGAAACAUCGAAUUUCAUCUUCAGAAAUCGAAUCUCAUUUCACUUAUCAAGAUGAACGCAUAUUGAACGCCCAUCUUUUCGAGCAAGAAGAACCGUAUCAGUCUCGACGAAUGAGAAAAAAAUUAAUCAAAAGAUCACCUGCACUUGAGGGUCUUUUGAAUGGAGGAAGAGAAAUUGGAGAAGCAGCAGAGGGGUCAAAAGCAGCAGAAACUAUAGCUGAUAUUAACAAAGCUAGGGAACUUUCGACUCCUCCGAGUGACCGAUUGAUUAACACGGAUUUUGCAAAGUAUGGAAAAGCCGAUUCUUUUCGAGGCCCAACAUCCAAAUUAAACACGAUUCCAGCUGUCACCAGAUCAAAAUCACUCCCUAGCACCUUAUCAGGAGUAAAUGACCAAAAAGCAGCUCUGAAAGCCAUGGACGCUCGUUUCGACACAUCCUUAUAUCAAAUCACAGAUGAUAUCUUUAAGACUGAGCCAAAGCCAGUAGAAGCAGAAGAUUUUGAAUAUGAUGAAUUUGAGGAAAAAUAUCAGCAAAACCAAAAACGUCCGGUCGCUUUUGAAGCCUUCCUUUCACUUUAUGCAGAAAAAGAAUUAUUUCAAACUAUCAUUGAUGGUAAGGAAGAUAUUCAAACCGUUAAUGCUUUAGCCAACUUAGUAGAGAUCAGAAGAGAAGCAUUUGCCGAUGCACUCAAAACGGCCAUCAAAGCGGGUGUGGAAGACAAAGGGUUUUUGAAUUAUAGAACUACUGAAAAAACUCAUGCUCAAGUGGUUGCUUUGAGGAAAUUAAUCUCGACACCUGAGAUAGAUCUAAGCCAGCUUAAGAAUGCCAAUGAUCUAGGAAAAGGCACACGCAUUUCAUUUCCAGAAACCUUGACGGAAGAUGAGUUAAGAGGAAAGAACUCUGACCUCCUUUUCCAAAAACCACUAAUGGACAUCACAGCAGAUGAAUACUUUGAUGCACUCUACAGACCAAAAUCAAGUAUUGAUAUCCCACCCGCAGAAGAAGUAAACGUAGAGAAAGUCAAAAGUUUAGCAAACGAAGCCAUGGAAGCGGAUUAUCUUUAUGAUAAAGAGCAUACAGAAGCUACUUAUUUAGCAUCAAGAGAAGCACGAAAACAUUAUCAGUAUUACCUUUAUUCAUAUAUUGCGAAAAAUUCAAAGAUUAAUUAUAGUCUAUUCACUGAUUUACAAGAAAUCAUUAAUGCAAAAGGUAUUCCACUUGGACUUCAAACUCCAUCAAAAAGUAAGGUCUUAGUUUGGUAUAAUCAAUUUAAAUCUCAGUAUCAAGCAGUCAUAGCUAGACUUUCAUCAAUAUUCAAAGGAGGUCCAAACAGUAGGAUAGUACCAAUCUUCCCUGCUGAGGAGAUUGAUGCAUUAUCAGUCGUCUGA